AUGAGUUCACCAAAUUCAGCCGGGUUGGAUUACACGCACCCUCCGCCACAACACCAUCAUCAACAAGCACAGCCACCGCUCAGUCCGAGAUACAGCCACGAAGAACGAGACAGCGAUGGCGCCACUGUCAAUGUUUUUAAAGCAGAAAGCGAGGAUCCACUGUCUUUGGCUCUAGAACGUAAAACAAUGUCCAUUACACCACCACUUGACGAGAUCAACUCUCCACUGUCCAUUUCCAAAGGCAUCGAUGCAAGCGAGCAGCCAUUAGGCUACAGCUACCUGCUAAAUCUGUUUACAGCACCAGAUAUGCGGUCGUAUUUAGCUCAGGCCAACUUUACUGAAGAUGUAUAUGCCAUGCCGAUCCAUUUACAACGACUCAUGAGCGAGGCCAAGGAAGAAAACGUGAUUGCACGCACACAAGAAAAACAAGGCAUCGAGCCGCAAGGCAGCUACAAUGCUACGCGGAGAUUGGAACGUUUACGGGAAUAUGUGUGGGCGCGGGCUGGUCAUGACAUUUCCACCUGCAUGAGAAUAGUAUAUGAGCUGAUAGAGGAUGAGGACGAGUUGAUCAACAUACUGAAUACGGAAAGAUCUGUUAAUAAAUAA